CACGCAGCCGUCAGCUCGCCCAGCCCUAGUUCUGCUAGCACACUCUGGUCGGCGCUGUCUUCCGAAGGAUUUUGAAGCGGUCUCAGCCUCCUAUCAGAAGACUGGUCCUGCGUGGACAUCUUGUGCCCUACGUGAGACGGCUAUUCGGUGACACGGUACUUGUGUCCUUGGGUCAAAGUGACCGCUUAGGUAGUUUUAAGUUGUGUGUGCGUCACCUGCAGAGUAUCUGAGCUGUUGAAGAAACAAAAAUAGCCCCUGGGGACAGACCGCUGCAUUGCGGUGAUGCGACGUGUUUCGUCACAACCUUCCCUCCCAGUCUGAUAGACAAUCCUCUUAAGAGUUGGAAGGAUGGAUCGUCUGCGCGAGGCCACGGAGUGCCGAGGAACAACGCAAAUGGAAGAAACGGGGGAGGAAUAUAUGUGAAUGUGAACUGAGAGCAAAAAUUGAGGCACAUUGAGCCUCCACAUUGCAAAAACAGUGAUGAAUAUCCCGGAAUGAUUAAGUAGCCAGGUGAAAAACUGGAAGGUAGAAAUUGCCUCUGGAUAUUUGACCAUGGUGCUCCGGACAGGUGAUAACUAUAGAUGAAAAUCUGCUUGGGGCAGCAUCUAAUCCUUUUCCUGUAGGGAAGCCAAUCUUUUCCAGGAGAGAACCAUGACCUCACAUUUAAAGGUUUCCAACAGGGGUACCAACUCAAUACCAAUACUGAUGUUAGAUCGCAGGAGCUUUUUGUGGUGUUUGCGGCGGCGGGUCAGAAGAGGAUGCAUGUGCAUGAGUCUGCUUUGCUUCAGUCUGGGAUUUCUCUAUGUCAUUUGUGCUGAAAAUGGGCCUUCUGCUACAGCAGUACUGUUCAGAACUCAUGGACGCAGUAAAGCCCUCAAUUCUGCUUCCAGCUCACUUGAACACAGUGGAGUGGAAAAGAUCAUUCGCAUGGCUCAAGUGGGGCAUACAAGAAAGCCACCCCUGGCAAUGUCUGCAACACAGCUCUUGCCUCCCUUCAACAACAGCCUAAAAAACAACUCAAAAAACACUGUCAUGCAUAACAAGGCUGUUGAGAAUAGAUCAGAUUAUCAUGGAAAAGCCAAGGGCAGUACUACAAGCUCUUCUAUUCCACCUCCAGGAUCAUUUGUGAAGUUUCCCCACUUUCUUACACGCUUGUGGGACUUUGUUUGGAGUUGGAACAGUCAUAAGAAGCAGCAGAAGUCUGUAGUUGGAUCAUUUGGGUCUCGUUUCAGUUCCUGGAAGGUUUGGAAUGAAGACACAUCAGCCAGCAUGCUUAACAAGAGACUGAAGAAAGUGUUUCAGAACUACCAGGCCAUGAAUAAGUAUGGUGUCAAUUUUGAGAGCAAAAAGAGCAAGUCCGGAGUGCACCAGAGUGGUAUGGCACUUCUUUGUGAAUUGAAGGAAUAUGUCAGGGUGGAAAUGCUAAACCCGGAUUUGCAUCCUUUCUCUGGCUUCAACUGGAGCAGCCUGCUUCCCAAACGCAAUUUGUCAGCAGAACUUGGUUCACUCAAAACCUGUGCAGUAGUGUCUUCAGCUGGUUCUUUAAAGAGAUCUGGACUGGGCAAAGAAAUUGAUACUCAUGACGCUGUGCUUCGAUUUAAUGCCGCUCCCAUCAAGGGCUAUGAAAAAGAUGUUGGGAUUAAGACAACAAUACGACUCAUUAACUCUCAGGUAAUGGCAUCAGAAGACCACAAAUUCCUUGAUAGCCCUCUUUAUAAUAGAGGCAUACUGGUAGCAUGGGACCCAUCACCAUACUCGGCGGACCUAACCCAGUGGUACAAUAAAACUGAUUACCCAAUCUUCAAGCAGUUUGUGAAGUAUCGUUUGAAGAAUCCUCAACAGCCUUUCUAUAUCCUGCAUCCUAAAACUGAAUGGCAGCUAUGGGAGAGGAUUCAGGACAACAUGGCUGAACCCAUCCAGAAAAACCCCCCUUCCUCUGGCCUGCUGGGUACUGUCUUGAUGAUGGACCUGUGUGACGAGGUGCAUCUUUAUGAAUACCUUCCAUCAAAACGAAAGACUGAGCUCUGUCAUUAUUACCAGCACUUUUUUGACUCUGCCUGUACCAUGGGCGCCUACCACCCACUACUGUACGAGAAAAACUUGGUGAAGAGGAUGAAUCAGGGCACAGAUGAGGAGAUCUACAACUAUGGGCGAGUCACUUUACCUGGUUUUAGUUCCCUCAACUGCAGCAAAGGGCAACACUAAAAUCGUUCAGAGGAUGAUUAUCUAAAAUCUAAUAAUGAAAAGAGACUGAGACCACUGUUAUUUACAACUGAAGCUCUGUUCCUUAUUGUGCAUUAUAUAUUGCAAAUUUUGACACUAUACUGUGCAAUUGAAAGAAGAUGUCAUUACUAUUAUCCUAGUCCAGAGUGGAAGCUGUGCAAGCCCAGUGAAACUCUAUCAAGGUUUUUUAACAGUGGAUUUUCAGCGAUGGCAAUGGGCAGCGUAAAAAGGUAGCACAAUGCUUCCUACCUAUUUGUAGCUUCGUUGUGUACACCAAAUAUGGACAUUUUGGAUGCUUUCAUCUGGUAUAUUUGAUAGAAUCCAUUUAUGACUCCAAGGAAAUGUCUUAUUCGGAAUGCUGAAGCCAUUGGCUUAGUAUUUUGUUAUUACUUUACUUAUUUUUUCAGAAUUUAAGCUGGAAAACAGUUAACAUCUUAGUAAAUUCCCAUGCCAAUUACAAUUCCCAGAAGAAAUAGUGGGAAGAAGCGUCACAGCGCAAUGUGAGAAUUGGUUAUGUGAUUGCGUGUCUAUAUGUAAUGUCUAUGCCUUUCUGCUAAUGCAAAUGUCCUCUGUGAUCUUUAGCAGAGGCCACCUUGUCUGCAUGUUGACAUACACUAUUGGAUUAAUAUUAUAACCUAACUGCUAUUUCCUUAAAUCACUUCUGAUUUUCAGUUUCCAGCUGACAUUUCAAGCUAUAGUCAUUUGAAAAAGUGAGUACAUUCCAUUGAAAUUAUCAACAUAUUUGAACAGGCUAACAUUAGAUCUUCAUGCAAAUUCCCUACAGAUGAAGGUGAUAUAUUUGAAUAAAAACACAAGGAAAUUUUUUCUUCUUAAUCAUUUAUUCAACAAAAUAACAAAACCUGUAAUGGUCUACUGGGGAAAAAGUAAGUACACUCUUGACCUGAGAAACUGGUAUUGUCCCUUUCAGCAUAAAUGACCCACCAUACUGUGACAUUGAGUCAGCAAAAUGUUUUACCACUCCUCCAUGCAAAAUUCCAUCAAUUGCUGGAUGUUUGUGAGUUUUCUUGCAUGUACUGCCUGAUCCCUGUCUCCCCACAAUAUUUCAUUGAGAUUUAAAUCUUGUUUUUGAUCCAUUGCUUGAUGGAUUUACUAGUGUGCUUAAGAUUAUUAUAGAAUUAUAAGGCCCAUUUCCAGUUCAACUUCAGCUUUUGGACAGGUGGCCUCACUUUGUUAUUAUUCAGAAUUCAGAGUUGACUUGAUGAUGGCAUGCUGCCCAGGCUCUGAGGGAGCACAGCAUGCUAGUAUUGUGGUACCACAGCUGGUAUGUGGUUCUUCACCUGCUAUGGCCAAAUAACACUGCCUUUGAUUGUUCUAGUAGGCCUGUUGUUAACCUGUACAGUAUGUUCAAAGGCAAACUCUGAUGUUCUUUUUUUGAACAGCAAAUGCUUUUUUCCUAUCACACAUCUCUUUCUAAUUGUAGAGGCAUGCACUUUAAUCUCAGCUUUUGUAAGAGUUACCUGCAGAUUCUACAAUGAAAUUUUAGGGAUGUUGGAGACAUUUUUUAGUAUGAGACAGUCAGCUCUAGGUCUGAAUUUGCUUGGCCAGCCAGUCCUGGGCAAAUUAGCAAUUUUUUUAAAUCUAUACCACUUGUAGAUGAUUUUCCUUAGAGUGGAUUGAUUUAUUUUAAAUAAUUUGGCAAUCUUUAAAAUCUCUUUCCAGACUUAAAGACAUCCACAACCUUCUUUCUGAGGGCUUUAGAGGGCUCUUUUAAUCUUAGUAUCAUGACAUCAUAUACAUCAAAACCAAGAGGAUACUAGACCAUAGGUAUUUUCGGUUUAAAUAAGACAGGUUGCACCUGCAUAUACUCUAAAGAACUCCAAAAGGUGGUUUUAAUUAUCGCAUCUAAUCUGGAACACUUAAUUCUAUUUUUCUGGAUUUGAAGUGGUGAUAAAUGUAAGGGUGUACUUACUUCUUUCAUGUAACAAAUCAGCAUUUCUGUUAAUUUAGAUUAUGAGAAUGAAUACACCAUAUCAAUUUUAUGUGUCAUUUAUUCCAGUAUAUGCCCUUUAUCUGUAGGCACUGUUUUGGCACUUUGUCACAUGACUGUACUCUGUGCAAUCUGCUCAUCCUAUAGCAGGUUUCUCCAUGCAGCACUUAAAGCUGGUAAGUAAAGCUGAAAAUGUGCCCUCUAUAUCAUUCCAUAGAUCUUCUCAUUCCGUCAGAAUAGCUUUCUUUGACCCUAAAGGGUGUGCAGCUGGCAUAACUCUACCUAGAUAUUCAGUAUCACCGAAUAAACUGAAUUCUUUAGUGCUACUAGCAUUGCACCCUCAGUCAGUAGGCAUGGUCUGUUACAGUUUGCAGUUCAUCCCACCAGCUUUUUAGUACUGUAACCAAACAGCAAAGCUGUAUUUUUUCUUGCACAGUAUUAUUAGCUAUAGACAGCAAGCAAUAUCCCCAUUAUUUAUUAAAAAUGUCAUCGCAGCCCCCUUGCGUUUAUUGGAUACUAUCAUUAUGCACUGACCACCAAUGCCAGGUUGUAAUACUUCUUUAGCCAGUGACCAAACAUCAUAUGUUACUUCCAAAUUAACGUAACAUUCCCAACUCUUCUUUGUCGUUAUUUGGGAUCACGGGUGGCUAGAAUCUUUACCGUCACCAGGGUGCAACCCUGGAUUAAUAAUGUACAAUUAGUCAGCAAAACUGCUAUUUUAACCCGACUGAUGUUAUAUGCAGUUAGUGCUGCACUCUGAUCAAACAUUGUAUUACCAAGAAGACAUUCAUAUGUGAUUAGCUUCAACCUUUAUUUUGUCUGAAAAACUGGAAUUGUUCCCACCCUUUUCGUUCAGUUAGUGUAGUUGACUUAGCAUAUCGUCACAUCAGCAGAGAGUUAGUUCAAUUAGCACUGCAUUACCAUUUUGCCAUACUUAAACACUAGUGAAAAUCCUUGUGUUUCAUCUUCUUCCAUGGCCACUUUUUAAAGCUUGUAUAUCCUCAGGCUACUUGAUGCGCCUAGCUCCAUUCCCACAUUGUUUGCUGUGCAGGUGCCAUUCCUUCUUCAUCCAAUUACUGCAUACAGUAAUUGUAGACUGUAGCUAGUACAGUCUACAUUUGGGUUAUUUAACACUGGCAUGAAAUCUGGAGGAAUCGUGUUUAUUCUGCAAACCAGCUGGUACCCCAAAUGUACCAGUAUCUGUGUAAUGUUAGUGCCAUGCAAAGAGACUUACCUCGUGAUUGUUAGUAAUUACCUUAUGCCAGUGCUGUAUUAUAUGGUAUGUAUUUCAAAAAGAAAUGUGAUGUUUUUACAUGCACUGUUUUGCAUUACGUUCUAUCUCACCUCGAAGUGCAUACAUUUAAACUGGGUGAUCCUGGCAUGCCUAGUCCAGUUUCUCAGAGGAUGGCCUUUGAUUGGACUUUGCCAAUGUGAAUAAUCCCCAAAGCUAAAUCAGGUACACGUUGACUCCUGUCAUCUCUGCUCUCUUACUGUAAAAAAAUAAGAAUUUAACUUGUUUGUUAUUUGCAGCAGUCACCAAGGUGAUUAUUGGAAGCUUGUGAUUAUUUGUUUUUAAUUAAUUUAUUUGUGUAUUUAUUUAUU